UGAACCCCAUCAUUCCUUCACGAACUCACAGGAAAUGCUUCAAGUCCUCAAAGCAGACAGGGAGGAGCGUGAGAUUAGAUUUACAGAAAGCUGCAGCCACUCUCCACAUUUAUAAUAAAAGCGAGGGUGACGUCUCCAGACGUCACGGCUCCGUCGUGUGUCUAAUCUGUGCCGAGGACCUGCACUAAUGGAGCCGCGCUCCGCGUACAGUACACACUGUUCUAUCCAGUGCUCGCUAAAAGCUGCGCUGCCCUCCGCUGACUCCUCGCGCAUUAUGCAUGAGGCGGCGGCAGCGAGGACCUGCGCACAGUUUGCAUAUUUAGAUCUGACCUAGUUGGUGGAAAACACCCCCACACACACGAGGCCUGUACACUUUUGUGGGAAAUCCUCUUCAAAUGACUUGUUAAAAAAAUGCCGGGGUGCAGGGAGUUCACACGUGUGCAGUAGCCUCUCUCUCCAUCAUAGUCUGAUAAGGGUUUAUUGUCUGCUAAUAGGUUUAUCGUGCAGCCUUGGGUAUUUCUAUCCUGUCUCUAAAUAGAGAUGAUAGGAUUAAGCCUGUUGUGAGCGAAGGACACUCGGCUCCUUCUGCCCGCUACAACCUGCUUCCAUGAAGCGAUCGUGUGGUAUUUUGGGUCGCUGGCGUUGGUUGGUGAUUGGAGGCGCUGCCGUGGCUUCUUGACGAGCGGGGACGUGUCUUGUCGCUAUCGGAGCGCUCGUCUCGCCACUCGUGGGGCGCGUCGGGACGGAGCAGGAUCUGCGCGGUCCUCUCCCCCCUCUCGGACUCGGCGGCUCAUCCUCGUGGACCUUUUGAUGUGCGAUAGUUUGAUUGGCAUCACGCACCGGCCACAGAAUGGGAGUGCCCAACUCCAGAGAGUACAGCUACUAUCACGCCCCGAACAGUCCCCUCAAGAUCCUGCUCAAGAGACGCAAUGAGCCCCUCAAGAAAGAGCGUCCCAAAUGGAAGAGCGAGUACCCGAUGACGGAGGGCCAGCUGCGGAGCAAGCGGGACGAGUUCUGGGACACGGCCCCGGCCUUCGAUGGGCGGAAGGAGAUCUGGGAUGCGCUGAGAGCGGCGGCUCUGGCUGCGGAGUGCAACGACCUGGAGCUGGCGCAGGCCAUAGUGGACGGAGCCUGCAUCACCUUGCCCCACGGCUCCCUCACGGAGAGUUACGACGAGCUGGGGAACCGCUACCAGCUUCCGGCCUACACUUUGGCGCCACCCGUCAACCUCAUCUCAGAAACGUCCAGCGACAGCAGGGCGCCCGAAUCCACGCAAAAACCGGCAGAACCGCCUCCAUGCAGACAGGAGUUCCAGCUGCGGGUGCGACUGUCGUCAGGGAAGGACGUGCGUCUGACCGCCAGCAUGGCCGACUCCAUCGCUGAGUUGAAGAAACAGCUGGAGGAACAGGAGGAGAUAGAGGUGAUCCGCCAGAGGUGGUUCUUUUCCGGGAAGCUGCUGACUGACAAGACCCGUCUGCAGGACACCAAGAUCCAGAAAGACUUUGUGGUUCAAGUGAUUGUCAACGUAAAUCCUUCAGUCAUCGCUAACUAAGGAGCGAGACAGUGUGUCGAGAAGGGAAGCUGAAGGACGUGCCCGAGAGGAGUGCAGUAGUCGGACUAGGGGCGUUGCUGUGGGUCUGCAGUGGAAUUUUGUGUACAAUUUUAUAUAAGACUUUGCUUUUAUAUUGCUCCUUUUUGUAUUUUGUCCUUUUCCCAAACGAAGUAAAAAAAGCACUGAAACACUUUAGAUUAAGUAUAGAGUUGCACAUCCUUACGAUCCCAUCGCGUUCUCUGUCUGCCUGUCUGUCUGUCUGUGGGGACAUUAACUCACAGAUCUAUUGUUUACAUGGGUUCCCCUUGUCAUGUGUAUUUGUGUUUGUGCUUAUUGUAUGAACCGAGUAUGGUUCGUCUGGGGGUGUGAACAUGAUAUUUAUCAGUUGAAGAAAAAAGUGUAAAUAUCAGUCCUCAUACAUGUCGUUUGGUCGUGUAACUGUGUGCACACUAGGAUUUCAGUAAGUUUUGCGAAACUGUAUAAUUGUGAAGGUAUGGAAUGCAAUGAAGGCACCUUUCUAAAAGGUACAGGUAAGAAGAGUGUGUUUUUCAUGUCAUCACUUCAAAAGAGGAAGCUGUGAGAGUUUAAUGUACAAUAUGAUGAUCACUGUACUUCAGUAAUCUAUUAAUAAAUCAUGACAUUUAAAGACCUGA